GUUCUCGUUCAGUUGUCAAAGCGUAAGGUCGUCGCGUUGCGCAUAAAUGUUUGCGUUUCUCUACGCUUAAUUAAUCGAAAACAAAAGCGCGUGUGUGUUGCCAAUCAAUACAAAACUAAGCAGAAACACAAAAUAAUGCAAUGCAUGUGAACAGAAUAUAUGUGAUAACACAUAAUAAUCAUAACGCGUUGCAUUUAAGCAGGCAACAAAAUUCUAAUAGUGCAAGUGAGAACUCUACAGAGAGAUAGAAAGAGAGAAAGACCAAGAGCGCCUGCGAGAGCGAGCAUAAAAUCACAGUCACCGCAGCAAUAACAAAAAUAAAUACAUACACAUAUACAUAUAUGGCGCUGAUCAUGCAGCAGCUUCUAACGAAGGAAAUGCGAGCGUGCUUCACAACACUGGCCGUUGGCGAGGCCGCCACUGACGCCGCAGCCACUGCGCAGGAAUAACGGAAUGUAGGGAAAAGCGCACGCAAAGUUGAAAACGUUCGAAUUUAUCAAGCAUACAAAACAACAACAUCAACAACAAAUAAAAACCAAACACAAAUUAAAAAGCUAAACAGCAAAAGAGCAAAACGCCUCAAAAUGCACGUUUCGACUAUAAAAAGCGAACAACAGGAAAGGGCAAAGGAUGCAUGUGCAUGCGCCGUAGACGCAGCCACAACGAUAAAGUUUAAUAAUUAUCGAAAACGACGCAUAUGCAACAGCAGCAGCGGCAGCAGCGAGAACGGUAUUAACAACAACUACAUUUGCAAAUUUAUAAUGACGACGUCAAUUCUGCUGCAACGCCUCGCAACGCUGAGCAUGAGUGGCAAGUGGCGACGGCGCCGGCGGCGGCGCAAACAGCAAAACGACAACGCAAUUCUUAAAGCAACAACAAGAACAACAGGCGCCAAUAAUGAUAAUUGUAAUUAUAGUACAACAACAAUGCGUACCAAUGAUUUCAAUAAAAUCAAUAAAUUAUUGCUAAUUACGUGCAUGCUGCUGAUAACAACUACAACAAUUUGUCAAAGCUAUGUACCAGGCGCUGCCGCCGCCGCUGCGCCAUCGACGUCAGCGUCCGGCGAGGCGUCAACGUCGCCGUUGAGCGCGCUGCUCAAAUCGGGCGGAGCCUCCUACAAUCAACAGCUGCCGCAGCAACAACUUUUUGCGAUGUUAGCAAGGAAUAACGGUGCUGGCAUCGGCCUCGGCAGCGGAAACACGGCUGCGCUGGCAUCGGCAGCAGCGGCACCGCAUCAGCAUCAACGUCAGCGUCCACGUUUUCUGCCGCUGCGCGAAGACGAAGAUUCGGAGGAUGCGGCCGAUGAAGAAUUUGCUGGCUUGCAUAUUCCAAUGGAAAUCGCAGCGGCUGCUGCUGUUGCUGCUGUUGCUGCGCCGUCUUCCAUUUCAUCCGCUUCGCUGGAAACAAGGGGCUUCGUGGCCGACGAUGGUGGGCAAUACGAGCAGGCGGAGAGGGCGCUGGCAGCCGCCGAAUCAGCGGCAAAUGCGAAUGCCAAAAAUAACAACAACAUCAACUGUCCCAGGGAGUGCAAGUGCCUGAACGUGUUCUUCGAUUGCGAUAAGCUGCACUUGGACCGUGUGCCUGUGCUGCCCAGCUAUGUGCGAACGCUGCAUCUGGCGGGCAACAAAUUGAACGACAGCACCGUCCUAGCGAUACGAAAUCUGCCUGAGCUACGCAAACUCACACUGAAACGCAAUCAAUUGGAUGUUAUGCCCAUGUUUGUGGGUCUUACUGAAUUGCAGCAUCUCAAUUUGGCCAACAAUCGCAUACAGCGAAUCUCGAGCGGAGCGCUGGCGCUGCUGCCAAAACUCAAAUCGCUGGAUCUGAGCAAGAAUCAGCUGCACAGCGUCGAGGCCAAUGUGUUCCCCAGGCCCAAUCGGCUGGCGCACUUAAUACUCAACUCCAAUGAGAUAGCCAAUGUGGAUGAGCUGGCGUUUGCGGCAUUGAGCAAUCUAACGGAUCUGGAGUUGAGCAACAAUCGCUUGACCAGCCUGCCAAUGGGCGUGUUCAAGAAUUUGAAUCGCCUGAAGAAGCUCGCACUUAACUACAAUCAGCUGGAGAUCAAUUGGUCCACAUUUCGUGGCCUGCUAUCGUUGCAGAAGCUCCAACUAAAGGCGAAUAACAUUAAGAUGCUGCAGGAUGGCGUCUUUCAUGUGAUGCGCAGCAUUGAGAGCAUCGAGCUGGAUCACAAUGGCAUCAGUUCGCUCUCCCGCCAGGGUCUGUUCAAUUUGACCAAGCUGCAUCAUCUUAGUUUGUCCAAUAAUUCCAUUACACGCAUCGAGUUGGACACUUGGGAGUUUACACAAUCUCUGGAAUCGCUGGAUUUGUCGCACAACUUUAUUAGCGAGUUCAAGGCACAGCAUUUGGACUGUCUUAAGCGUUUGAAGACUCUGAAUUUGGCGCACAAUAAGCUGCAGUAUUUGCCGGAGAAUACGUUUGACUGUGUCAAGAAUCUGGAGGAACUGAAUUUGCGUCGCAAUCGUCUCGCCUGGAUCAUUGAGGAUCAGUCGGCUGUGCCGCCAUUUAAGACGCUACGCAAACUGCGCCAGCUCGAUCUCAAUGGCAAUUAUCUGAAACAGAUUAGCAGCAAGGCUCUUAGCGGUCUCAUUAGUCUGGAGCUACUCAAUCUGGGCGGCAAUGCUCUAGCCAGCAUACAGCCGAAUGCUUUCGAGCAUAUGCAGAACCUACAGAAGCUCGUCUUCAAGUCGGACAAUUUUAUAUGCGAUUGCGAGCUGCUUUGGUUCCGUCAGUGGCUGCGUACCCGCUUUGCCAAACAGGCUCAGCAGCUGCUCACGAACGUGGUCUGCGGCUAUCCGGAUCAGCUGCUCGAUCGCCAGCUGUUCAAUCUAACCGAAAAGGAACUGGUCUGCUCUGACUCACCCAAACCGGUGGUGCAAAAAGAGCCAACCAAUUUGCUGGCCGUGAAGGGCGCCAAUAUAACCUUGGAGUGUAUAGCCAGCUCGCCAGCUGCCGCCUCUAUAGCCGCCACCGAUGAGCUGAAGAUUAAGUGGCGACACGACAAUCAGCACGUGCUGGAGCAUCAAAGCCUACACGAUGGCGCAAGCACAGAAACCCAAAUACAUCACGAUCAGCGUACCAAUCAGACAACCAUUUAUGGCUAUCUGCGUUUAUCCAAUGUCAGCUACGAGAGCGCCGGACGCUAUCAGUGCGUGGUAUCCAAUGCAUUUGGCACGACCUACGCACAGAAGUUCAAAAUAUCCAUAGGCAUUCAUCCCAGCUUUUUGCAUGUGCCUUCCAAUCUAACGCUGGAUGCAGGAGAAACAGCACGUCUGGUCUGCUCCGCCAGCGGUGAUCCAAUGCCGGAGAUAGCAUUGCAAAAGUUUGGCGCUAGGGAUUUUCCGGCAGCCACAGAGCGGCGCUUGCAGGUGAUACGCGAGGAGAACGCGUUUAUCAUCACCAACGCCAAGCCCAGCGAUUCAGGCAUAUAUACCUGCACAGCAGAGAGUCCGGCGGGCGCGAUCAAAGUGAAUGCCACACUGCUCGUAAAUGACAAACCGCUGCCUAGCAUACCGCUGGUGCACAAGGAGGUGGUGCUGGGACGCACCUGUGUGCUGGAGUGCCUCAGCGAAACGAUUAACAUGGAGCUGGAGCAGCAGCAUCGCGAGUGGUACAAGGAGAACAAACCGUUGCACAAUUCACCCACUGGGCCCGAUGCGGAGCGCUUCUACUUUACCAAGAACAAGGAAGUGCUGGUCAUCGUGAAUGCCCAGUCGAAUGAUGCGGGUCACUAUCGCUGCGAUAUCAGCGACAAUUUGCGCACCCUAACGCUGCAAUCGGAGCUUUUGGUGGUGCAGGAUAGCUACAAUAUUGAUGUAGUGCUAUGGUCCGUGGCGCAUGUGACGAUUUUCUGUGCCCUGAUUGGCAUUUGCGUCGUUUGGAGCACUUUGCGCUAUCAGCGCCGCAAACAAUCGCAUAGCAGCAAUCAGAAUACACUGGAACAGACGCAGCUAACGACAUUGAAUCUUCCACAGCUGCGACCAUAUCAAUCGCAGCAGGUAAUCGACGGAUUGGCCAGCGCGCAGAAACAACAGCAGCGCCAGCAACAGCAACAGUCGCAAACGCAGCUGCGUCCGCGCAGCUUGGCGGAUUUGGGCGCCGGCGAGGCACAGACGCACAGUCGCCUGAUUGUUACCACAACGCCUUCGUAUGAGCAGCGCUGCCUGGAGCAGCGAUGCCUGGAGCAACGCUGUCUGGAGCAGGGCCUGACGCUCAGCUUUUUGCAGCAGGCGGAUCUCGAGUUGCAACAGGACCAUUUAUCCAGCAAGGAUUCCGGCACUGGCUCGGAUGCGGCGGUUAAGCGUAGCCUCGAGGAUUUUGUGGUCGCCAUGCCGCUGCGUCAGCCGCGACGUCGACUUUUGCAUGAGGAUGACGAUGUUGAUGAUGACGAUGUGGACGAAGCGGAUGACGAUAAUGAUUUGCAGUUUGCGCCGACACGUGCGCUCGGCGUCUCCGUGUACGAUGACAUGGAACUGUACGAGCUGAAUCACAGCGCUGCCGAGCAGCAGCGUUUUCUGCGCAACAACAAUCACAACUACGAUGGUGGGGGCGCGGGCGUGGCAAAUGGUGGUGUAGCGCCGCAGCUGACGCCGCCGGUGGCGCCGCGCAAGUGCAGCGCACAUCUGAGCGGCACCAGCGUUGACUACAAGGCAGCCAGCGCGGUGGACAUUUAAGUUUGAGCCAAAGCCAAGAGAAAUGCAAAUAAAACCAAAAUGCACACACCAAAAAACAUAAACUGGAGAGAUGGGCUGCGCUUGCCACGCCCCCUCCCUUAAAACCAAAACCACCCGCCACCCAAAAAAUAAGAAAAAAAAACCUAACAAACGAACAAAGACUGCUACUCGUAAUAUAAAAGUUAAAAUUUAAAUAUAAUAAUAUAUGACGACGCUUGCCAGUAGGCGGCCUUAAAGAGUAUAUAUGCAACUGUCCCUGCACAGAGAUAUAUAUUAUGUAUAUGUAUAUAUAUAUGCUGUAUAUAUAUUAUAUACAUACCAGUGUCUUCGUAAUUUAUGAAAUUUAAUGGAUUAAUUAUUAAUUACUUUUAAUUAAAAUACAAUUAAAUAUUACUCUAAUAUCUAAGCAUACUGUAUAUUUAUAAUUUGUAAUUGUUUAUUUCGCUUGUGAUAUUAUUUAUUAUUAUUUUUUGAUUGCUUAAAUAUUUGCAGCUGUAUAUAUAUGGCACCUGUUACCAAUUAGUAUUUAGUUUUAAUUGUAGCUCCUAAGUCCCAAUUGCCACGAAAUCGGCUAUGAAUUGCUAAAAUAAUGUACUAUAUAUUGCCUGAAUGCGUUUAUAUAUACACUCGCGUAUUUAAGUCUGUUUUAUGAUGCUACUAUUUCAAAUUUGAUAUAUGUUUAUGUGAAUUGAUUUGCCUUAUGCUUAUGGCCUUGACUAUAUAUAUAUUUAUAUAUAGUAUUUGAAAAAUCUAGAAUCAUAAGUGACAAAUUUUUGAAGCAAAAUGAAGUCAACAAAUGCUAAUAAAAUUCAAGUUUAUAAAAUUUAAA